AUGGUCUCCGAAAACUGUCCCGUUUACGCGCCCUUCUUUGGCGCCAUGGGUUGCACCUGCGCCAUCGUAUUCACAUGCUUGGGUGCCUCCUACGGCACCGCCAAGUCCGGCGUCGGCAUCGCCGCCAUGGGUGUCCUCCGCCCUGAUCUGAUUGUGAAGAACAUUGUUCCCGUCAUUAUGGCGGGUAUCAUUGGCAUUUAUGGCCUCGUCGUGUCGGUCCUCAUCUCCGACGGUCUCAAGCAGGAACUCCCCCUCUACACCGGCUUCGUCCAGUUUGGUGCCGGUCUUUCGGUCGGCCUCGCCGGCCUCGCCGCCGGCUUUGCCAUUGGCAUCGUUGGAGAUGCUGGUGUGCGAGGAACGGCCCAGCAACCUCGUCUCUUCGUCGGCAUGAUUUUGAUUCUCAUUUUCGCCGAAGUCCUCGGUCUGUACGGUCUUAUUGUUGCGCUGCUCAUGAACUCCAAGGCGACUCUCAAUGCCACGUGCGACUAA